CUUGAUGCAGCUGUGUUUAGUACAGCCAGUGCUGAACUGUUAUAAUGUGUCAAUAAGUUAAAUAGGUGGACGGCACCAAUGAUGAGAGGCCCCCCCCGGUACUUGAGCGAGAUAUUAGAGGUCAUCGUCAUUGCAUGACAAAGGCAGUGGCAGAUUCAUCUUCAUCAUUCAUACAGCAUUUCCAUUGUUUUUUCUUCAGUGCGGUAGUACCAUGAAGGGUGGAGGAAGGGGUAAGGAGCCACCUGUUGCAGGGGAGGUCACUGGCAAACGCCCCAAACGUAAAUGCCUGCAGUGGCACCCACUUCUCUCCAAAAAGACAUUGGAUUUCUCUGAGGAGGAAGAAGAAGAGGAUGAAGAGGAGCUGGAGAAGCAGCCAGUGUUGUGUGGCCAGGACCAGGGAUCGCAGGUUGAGUGUGGAAGCACAGCAGAGGAAGUGGAGGAGGACUCAAAUGAACAACGAGCACGGCGGCCAAUGAAUGCUUUCCUCCUCUUCUGCAAACGCCACCGUUCUCUGGUGCGGCAGGAACACCCUCGUCUGGACAACCGUGGGGCCACCAAGAUCCUGGCUGAUUGGUGGGCUGUGCUGGAGCCCAAAGAGAAGCAGAAAUACACUGACAUGGCCAAGGAGUACAAGGAUGCCUUCAUGAAGGCAAACCCAGGCUACAAGUGGUGUCCCACCACCAGCAAACCUGUCAAGAGUCCCUCCUGUCAGCCGGUCAGCAAUCCCCGCAAAAAAGUUUGGUCCUUCUCUUCCAACUCAUCCAAGGACUCAACCACUGCCAAAAAAGUGCCCAAAACUGACAGCAUGCCACAGUUAAACUUUGCCAUGGCAGAUCCUACUAAGAUGGGAGGCCUUAGCAUGCUGCUGUUAGCUGGAGAACAUGCCCUCACGAACAGGGAGAUCCCUUCCAGCACGAAACCUAGUUUACCCAACACAGCCAGCGAAGGGAACUGCUUUUCAGGAGACAAAGAAGAGAUAAUGUCUGGGACAGAACCGAACAGAGUGCUUGAUGUUACCGAAAGCAGAGUCAAGUCUGCCCUCUCCUCACCGGCAGAGUCAUCUCUGUCUGCGGCGCCUGAAGGAAAACCAUGCAGACAGUCCGCUCUCUUCCAGCUUGCUGAGAUGUGCUUAGCGUCUGAAGCUGGAAAGAUGGACACAGUUGUAUCUCAGCCAGAGGACAGCUCCUCUGCAGCCUCUCUCCAGCAAACUACAGUCAAUCCAGAGGUCGAGGAGAAGAAAGCAGACAAUGACGACUCUCCUCCCUCCCCUCACACAUCAGCCCUCUUACCUUCGCGCUCCUCUGUCACUUCUACCUCCACUGAUGUCAUUCCCCCACAACUCAGCAGCCAAAAUGCAUGUGUCAAAAAGAAGAGCAAGAAAAAAGAGAUGGCCAAGUCAAAUGAUAACAACGAGAACCCCUGCCCAGCAAAGAAGAUCAUCAAACAGUGUAACCAUGCAGAAUCAAAUGUGGACAGUGUUUUCAGCACGAUUGAAGCAGUGGCCAAAGGGGCCUGGAAGGACAAUGAGGAGAAGCCCAAGAAGAAGAUCCAGAACAGUCCUGCCAGUGGGAAUCUUGGUUUUCCCAAGAAGAAGAGUAAGCCCAAAGUCAAGACCUUUGUGAAAGAAAAAGAGGAGGAGAUGGAUGAAGACAGCGGGCAGUAUGGACUGUACAGUUUCUCUGAGGUGGACGUGAAGGAAGACAUGAGUCACGUUAGCCCCAAGACAGAAGCAGAUGAAAGUUUAGGAAGCACAGACCUUCAGGGCAGCAUGGUAGAAAUCCAUCACUCCCCUGGCAGCCCCUCACCUACUAAGCUCAAAGAGGAGGACAAGGGCAAGGAGAGGCAAAGCGAAGUGAUCUGUGAGUCCAGCACAGAGAACCGCGGCUCCAGGAAAUCAGAGCGGAGCUGUAAAGGAGCCUUAUAUAAAACCCUUGUUUCUGAGGGGAUGCUGACUUCCCUGAGAGCGAAUAUUGACCGAGGUAAAAGAGGAGCUUUCCGAGCUUCUGAUCAUGAUGCAAACUGGUGUGAUGACAGCUGGACAGUUCCACAGUUGGGGCCUAAUAACCCCAAGAAGCUGAAAAAGUCAAAGUCCAAAGAUGAAUCUUCACAGGGCCUAGGGAAACUGGAGGAGGAGUUUGAAAAGAAAUUUAACAGCCUACCACAGUAUAGUCCAAUUACAUUUGAUAAGAAGGGGGCUACUGUCGCAAAGAAGAAGAAGACUGACAGCUCCACAGUCCAAGAGGAAGCUUCUAAAGUCGGAAAAGGGCCAUCUCCAUCUCAGAAAAAGACUUCAUUCCACAAGAUUGUUAGGAAGCACAAACACAAAAAGGAGAAACCAGGUGCAUUGGACAAAGCAAUGCUACAGAGUGAUUCCGCCACACUGGAUUCAGCUUCAAAAGUCAAGUCAUGUGCCCCCGUUGCCAUAAUGUGCCCAGAUGUCCAGGGCACCACUAGUAUGGAGAUGCUAGUUGGUAGCCAGAAGAGGAAGGCAAGGAAGACCAAGAUCACACACUUGGUACGCACAGCUGAUGGCAGUGUGUCUCCAGCUGAGGAGGCCAGAGAGGCUUGGCUGAGAGUCAGAAGAAAGAACUUGCCCAGACUCCAGUCCUCAUCUCCUGCGCUGAUCAGUGAAACUCUGCUGCUGUUAAGAGAAGCCACAACCUGGACAUUGGCAGUGGAGCUUCACUCUCCUCAGUGGCAAGCCCACACUGAAGGGAGACUUGAACGGGAAGCUUUGGACAGACUCCACCUCCCCCCAUGUGGUGAAUUUGCUUGAGCUUGGGUUCAUGGUGGGGGACAGAGAGCCUCUCUUCCUCCUCCCUGCUCCUCGCUAUCUCAGUGUUUUUCCUGAAGCCUUCCUUUGGUUUGAGGCAGGAUGCCUUUCUGAAGUCCUCAUCCCCCUUAGAUGCUCUGUUAGGGCCUGUGGAAGAACCAAGCUGUCCCCUAGUGCAUGGGUUCCCCUGUAGAAAUGGUUGUCAUGGGUUACUGUACACUGUUUUGUCAAAUAGAGGCCAUUUUUAAAGUCUUGUGGUUUAAAAAACGGCAUUUUAGGUAGGUAAAAAACCCAACAAUGCAACACAGCUUUCUGUCACCUUUUUACCUCACACACACACCUACUGAAGAGUUUCCCUGCACCUCCGGUAGAAUACCUCUGUAUCUGAAUAGCUCUUAUCCCUUCCACUCCCUCCAGCUUCAACCCAAAAUGACUUUAACCAGGGUAAAUAAUCAUGAUUGAUAGGCAUCCAUUACCAACUCCUUGCUUAGUGUUUCCCUGUGGUACACUGAUGUGGUUUAUCCAAAAUACAAAGAAAUCAUGGUUGAGUACUUGAUAUGUACAUUAAGAUGAUGCUACUGUAAAACAGGAUGUGGUAGCUACAAGUAAUCAUGUUAGACUGAAUGUGUAAAAGUAAACCUGUGCAUACCCUUGCAUCUGAACUAGAGUUGACUAUAGCUGAGGAUGUUUGUUUGUCCUGUUUAUCUUUAGCAGUAGGCUCACAGUGUCCCUGUGUCAGGCUUCUGAAACAGUAGGUUGGCUUAAAAACUGCUUCUUGUGAUGGGGAGAUUGUGUGAAAGUGAUUCAAAUAUAGCCUUAACCCUCCCACCUAGACCCCGUUUGCCGCCACAAAGCCCUCAACCAGCUUCUUGCUCAAUGCCAUCACAGUCCUGAAGUCAGUGUAACAUUUUUGAAUAGUGAAAAUGCAGUUUUUGUCGAUACUUGAUCUUAUUGCAGUUUGCGUAGCAAUUAGAAAGGUCAAUUACUUGUGUGCAACUUAUUAGAUUUUUGUUUGUUUGGUUGAUUGGUUGUUCUUUAUGUAAACACUGCACUCAUUUGUAGCUGAAGUUUGAGUUGCUCUUGGAAGGGUGAUAAAAUGCCUUGUCUCCACCACUCACAGUUUUCUUACUGUAUCGCCUGUCUCAAUAGUGUCUUCAGUGUCCUGGCUAAAGCCAGACACAAGCUCUGACAUAAAAGAACAGGGCUUUGUAAACAGAUCAUUUGUUGUGUGAAACAGUUUUAUUCGUCAUGUCUCAUAAAAUGAACAAUUUGGAGAAAAACACAAAGCAUAAAUAAGAUUUUCUGUCUUUGUAUGGUUUGAUUUGAUUUAAUUUGUUGAAAUCAGACUGCACUAUGCUAUGGUUCCUCUUAAAGCUUAUGGAGACAAGGCAUUUAACAAUAAUUUCCCCAUUUGUUUCCUGUUGGCCUUUAGAGAUUUUAUUGCCAAGUAAUGGUCUACUCAAAGGUCACAUGUAAUCGAUGUUUUGAUUUUUACAAGUAUUUAUAUAUAGAUGCAGAUUUGUUUUCUUUAUUUUUGGCAUUGUUGUGUUGAUGUUGGGUCAGAAUCAUUCCAUUUCAAUGCCUCUGUCUUGGCCAUACAGUUUGCAGUUUAUCAGCAGGAGUAAUGAGGAAAAACAAGGACAGGUGCAGUUAAACUGCAGGUUUGUUGUCUUCCCAAGGAUUGGAGGAACCUGGAUGAGCUGCCACAGGAUAGUGGAGGCUAACUGAGAACUACAGACUCCCUAGCAAUACCCCUUUCCUCCUUACCUAGCAGCCUUUUGUUCCUCUGUGUAGACCAAUACUUAAUUUAUCACAUUUUAGAAUGCGUCACGUUUAUAACUUUUAUAGCUUUUUGUUCUCUGUUUGAUUGUUCCUCUGUUGAAGUAUAUGCAUUUAUGAUGCUCUUUCAACUAGGUCCUCUUCAUGAACUUAAAUGGUUUUUCCUGAGGUCAAGUUUACUGGAUUAAGACUGUUGUCAAAAAAGACCAAGCUCAUAGACGAUUAAUGCAUCUAUGCUUACCUGCUAAGCACAUGGGCACUGCGAUAAAAUGCACCAUCUCUAGACAAUGAGCUUGUUUUUUCAACUCUGAAGGAGUGUAUUUGACUGCGACUGCAUCACCAUUUCUCGGAUAUGUGUUAAGAUGUGUUAAAAGUGCUUAAUGACAGGACCAACAAAUAAGAAAUGAAUGGGUCUUAGAGAACUCAUGCAUCUUGAAAAAGAGUAUUUUUCCUAAAUCAAAGCAUUGCUACAUGGUAGUAAUGUUUUCUAAUGUUGGCCCUUGUGUGCAGAUAGUUACAUGCAAAAGAAAUCUAUAAUUGCUCUCUAAAUUUGUCCUUAAAAUAUAUCAAACCAACUGCAAAUGUUUCCCAGUUAAUUUUAAGAAAACAGUAUGCUUUAUGAUAAUCUAAUAGUAAACGGCAGAUAUUUUUCAGAUAUGAGAUAAAGUUACAUUAAGGAUGAAAUCAUCCAACAGUAAACUGUAUAGUUCUUCCACUGGUGGACAUCAGUGUAGUUCUUUGCAAAGACAAAGAAAUUGUCUUCCCCCAAAAUAGAGAUAUAUUUGCUUUUAGCCAGUGAGUUUAUUGACAUUUGCCAAAGAAAAGGAAAAGGUAUAUUCAAAUGGAAAUCCUGUUUAAA